UACCUUACGCCAUGCUUGUCCGAGAUUUUGAAAAUGGGCAGUAAACAUGUCCUUCAAAAAUAAUUGUGUACGUUUCGUAACAUUCUGUGGAGUUUAGUUGCAAAAUAUGGGAGGGAAUUUCUCGAGAACAGUGGUGAGGAAAGCUGUUAGGCCAAUUAAAAAUAUAAACAUUGAUGAAAGGGCUCAAAAGGCCGUGGCUAAACAUAAAGUGAAGCCGGUUGCUGCACCCCUACAUCCUACGACUAAAGACAUCAUAGAGAGACAAGUUGCAGAGCACCCGGAAAUAAAGGAGGAAAUGGAAAAGCAAGAUCCUUCAUUGAUUGAUCGUGUUAAUACGUUACAUGUGGAUAUGGUUGAAAAGAUGCCACAGAUCAGAUCUGUACAACGCCCCUUACCUCAGAGCAGAGAACACAUAGAAGAUCCACUAUUAGCGUUGGAAGAACCACGGAAAAUUCCGAAAGGCAAAAUUUCCUUUAGACAGUUUGGAACAAUUCUUGAUAAACACAGUGGUGAACCAAAACUUCACCAAGCAGAAGUUGUUGCUAAAGAAUACGAGUUAGACUUACAAGAUACAAUUAACUUAUUGAAAUAUUUUGAGAAAAUUAAGUUAGAAGAUUUAGGAGAGGUUGUUGAUGUUAAGGAGUUUGGCGCCAAAUGGACUUAUGAUCCAAACAAAGAAAAGAAACCAAAACUAACUUGAUGAAGGCUUUUUAUAGGAGUUUCUGUCUUUCAGUUAUGUUUUUUUCAAGCUGGCACAUUGUUAAGUCGAGAACAUUAGUGAGACAGUUGUAGAUACUGAAACAAAAAAUUAGAGGAAUUGUUUGGUUUCAGAAAAAAUAAUGUUGGAAUAUAGAAAUAAAACAGUUUCAGUGUCACUAACACAUAAUUUUUUAUGUUAACAUCUGACACUAGACAGUGUUAUUAUAGGGAUUUCAGAUGUGCAUAAAUUGAAAAAAAAAACAGUUGUGUAUGUUUUAUAAGAACUAAAGGCUCCGUGAUGAUUUCAUUCUUCAUGAAAGAUCCUUUUUCCUACCAGAGUACUCAAUCCGUUGAAAUAAAGGGACUGACCUCCAGACUUUGGCUAAAAAUUAUCUGUCUUUAAAUUUGAAAUCAUAUUAUUAACAUUAGAAUAGAGAUUUUUGUUUGUAAACUAUUUAUAAAAAAGCUAAAUCAUGAGUUAAAAACAUGUCUGCGUUGGGAAUUGAACCCUGGUCACAUCCGCAGUAAAAAGUUUCCUAUCAUCUUGGCCAAUACACGACAGAGAAAUAAGUACUUAACGACUGUUUAUAUACAGUUUUACAAAUAAAGCAGUGUAACAAAAGCUUUUCAAAUUUGAAUGGAAAGUUAGUAAAACAACUUAUUCUCAUGCAUUUCUAUAUCAUAUAAUCUAUCCGCACUAAGCCCUCUUUAGAAAAUUUCAAAUAAAGCAGUAAUUUCCAUAUAUAUCUUAAAAAAGAAUUUUUGUUGCCAUGUGAGUCUACAUUUAAAAGAAAAAACUGCUCUUAUAUUUUUCAAACUACAUAUAUUUUGGUACAUAUUUCUAGAGUACACCAUUUUCUACAUUACAAUAACAAGUGUUUAAUUUCUUGAUCAUGUCAUCAUUGUCAGAAUUGGUCAGUUAUAAGGUAGCAGAUUUGUAUGGAAGCUUAUGUAUUUGUAUUUGUUUUUUAAUGUUGAAAUAAAUCGAGUGAAAAUUCAUAAUUUUUUGUAAUUCUGUCAAGAUUUGAUAUUUGCAAAGAUAAUUCUUUUUGUGCUCUGUAUUACUCCGUAUAUUUUCAAUUAACAUUACUGCAGUGGAAGAGUUUGUAUUAAAAAUGCAAAUUAAAGUAG